AUGAGCGAAGUCGAGGGUAGCCAGUCCGGGUGGGAGGUGGUUGCUGUGGUGAUAUUCGAUCGAUCGCUGUUCAUGGGGGGUUGCCAAGGAAGCCAAACACCAUCCCAUUCGCAACACCAACAACAACCUCAUCAAACGACCAACUACCCCGUCCUUCAUCCGAAUCAAGCACCUCAUCACAACCCACUACCACCACAAACUCAUCACCAAACAAGAAGAACAACAACAAGAAACAAUCCAUACUCAGAAAACUAUCAACCUCAUCCAGGCGCUCACUCUCCUGGCUACCCGGGAAUACAUCCAGACCUACAAUCAUCAACUGAAGACAAACCAACCAACAAGAUCAAAUUCAAAAAGAACAGUCCACCCAACUCAUCCAAUGUCGAACAACACCAUCAAUCAACAGCUAAGAAUGUACUCGGAAAAGGCAUGAGGAACGUCGCUAGGACCGUCAAGAAAUCAUUGCAUCAAUUCGAACGACCACGCUCUAUCACCACCCCCAACCAGGACCAACAGCUCCAACAGGACCUGCAACCCAGCCAGCCAACCCCCACCCAACAACAGACCACUAACAUCCGAACUAGGGCAGUCUCCACCUCAGAGGUCUACAGCAACAACAAACAACAACAACAAUCAGACUCAUUCUCCCGCUCCUUGAACCAACAACCAGAUCAGAACAGCUAUCCGAUCCAACACAACUCAUCAUCCUCCAUCACCACUCCCCCCAGAUCGCCCAAGCGACUCAAGAAGAAGAAGAACCGAGCACAGAGUGCAUUCGAGCCCUUACUCAACCAGACGCCAGCCAUCGAGCAAGACUCGACCAGAGCACCGCCGCCCGGCCGAUUGAGCUGGCAUGCCCAGACCCCCGUCGGCUCCUUGCCCAUGGCCGCCUCCAUCCUCGCCGCUCCCUCGCCACCCCCCAUCGACCAUUCCUCCUUCAUGGCCAUCCUCCCCGGCCAGCCGAUCGUACCCGCGCUCUCCGUCGUCCCCCCUCCCGCAUCGCUAGCCGUCGAUCCACCGAUCCUGACCGCUAUGAGCACCAAAAUUAAUGAGCCGAACCCAGCGAAGAAGAAGGAGUCAUCAGAAGGUCUAGAAGAAGCUCAGGAUAGCACACCUACGACGGAAGACGAGGGAGAACGACACCACAAACUAGCCCGCUCACUCGACCGACCAUUCUCGUCAACCACCCUCGUUCCCGCUCAUCGUCAUCACACCUCCUCACCCACCAGUCAUCCGUUCAGUCUGAUCACGACGACCACCUUGAGUACUACUACUACUACUUCUUCUAGUCUGAUCAGAGCUCGCAAAAAUAGUCCUAAAAAGGACCGCAAACAUUCGCUCAGAAAGCCCGCUCAUCUCAAUCAUCAGCAACAGCAACAGCACAACGGGAAGCACAGACAUGCCCAGCCUAAUCCGCGUCACUCCGCAUCCCCCGCUUCCGAACUUUGGAACUUCAACAUCGUCUCGACCGUCGUCGCUGGCGUCGUUAUCUUUGCCGUCGUCCUCAUCGGGUCUGCAAAUCUCUCGGGGUUUCAUGGGAACGGGAAAUCAUCUCCUUCUUCUUGGAUCGGCUCGUGGAUGAAAAAAAUCCUCUGA